CUGACGUGUGGCGUGGCGGCUGCACAAGGCUCAUAGGCGCAACUUCAACUCACGGGAGAGACGCGGUGAAAUGGAAUAGCGGAGGCUAGAACGCGGUUUCAGACCCCUCCGCCAACUGGACUGAGACAGCUGACUGUUCGGACAACGAUAAAAGACAGGCACGUGAAUAAACAGAAGUAAAUUACUUCGAUUAAAUUCGAUAUUAACUGGAGAGGGCAAUCGCCUAACUUCAGAGAGGAGGAUCAUUGCUCAUCAGCCCUAAACCAGCGCGGCAUCCACUUCUCUCUCAAUGCCUGUAAAUAUGUGGUUAGAACGAAAACAACGCAAGGAUAGCUUGACGGAUGCUGCUUAGUUUAUUGAACAUUUCAAAAGUAUGAGCGGUCAACGAGCAUAAUCUUUUUUUUAAUUCCUACUUUUAGUGUUAAAUGAUCGUGUUUUAUUCCGUGUUGCGUAGGAAAAUAUUUGAAUGAGUGCAGAAUUCAAUCAUUUUGUUUGAAAGUGGAAUUCCGGGCAAAGACGGGAGUAUGAGGAUGGAUUUCUAACUAUUGUUAAGCAUACUAACGGAGUCAUCGGCGUUGGACAUGAACCUGUGGUGUGAAAAUUGUGUCGACACUAGAACCACGUUGGACUUUUAACCGGGCAGUGCAGGAAAUUACUCUACUGAUUCAGCAGUGAACGACAUCAGGGAUUCCUUUCCCUAGCUCGGAGUACGCAUGGGAAUUAUCAUGUUUUUACUUCAUACUUUCACUGUCCUCUUUGUACUGGAUGAACUUGUACAUUCCGUGGCAAGCUCCUCUGCCUUGUCGGGGCUGGGGACACACGACUGGCGGACCCCGGUGGACUGUGUGCGGGCCAGCGAGAUGUGCAACCAGAACUCUCAGUGCAGCUCGCGCUACCGCAUCAUGCGCCAGUGCCUGGUGGGCAAGGACCGGACCACCAUGUUGGCCAACCGCGAGUGCCAGGCUGCUCUGGAGGUGCUGCAGGACAAUCCCCUGUACGACUGCCGCUGCAAGCGUGGCAUGAAGAAAGAGCUGCAGUGCCUACAGAACUAUUGGAGCAUCCACAUGGGCCUGACAGAAGAUGAGGAGUUUUACGAGACAUCCCCUUAUGAGCCAUUGCACCCCUCAGAUGAAUUCAGGCUGGCCUCCAUCAUUUCAGACUCAGCAUCCACCAAGGGUAACCUUUGUUUGGACACGGGCACCCCCUGCAACCCCUGCCUGGAUGCGGCCAAGGCCUGCAACCUGAAUGACACCUGCAAGCGUCAGCGCUCCAUGUACAUCCAGUCCUGCCACAACAAAGGCUCGCCACUCCAGCAGCCACAGGAGCCCUGCAACCGCAAGCGCUGCCACAAGGCCCUGCGCCAGUUCUUUGAGCGCGUGCAGUCCGAGUUCAGCUACCCGCUGCUCUUCUGCGCCUGCAGUGACACGGCGUGCGCCGAGCGCCGCCGGCAAACCAUCGUCCCAUCCUGUUCGUUUGAUGAGAAGACCCGGUCUAACUGUUUGGAGCUACGCCGGACCUGCCGCUCAGACCCGCUCUGCAGGUCUCGACUGGCUGACUUCCACAUGAACUGCCAGACGAUUCGCCACACAAAGACAACCUGUCCAAAUGAUAACUACUAUGGUUGUCUCAUCUCCUAUGUAGGACUUAUUGGUCUGGACAUCACACCGAACUACGUGGACGCUAGUCACAGCAACUUCACCAUCUCGCUGUGGUGCACCUGUCGGGGCAGUGGGAACCAGGAGGAGGAGUGCGAGGCCUUCCUGCGGGACUUCAGAGAAAACACCUGCCUCAGAAAUGCCAUCCACGCUUUUGGUUAUGGCUCAGAAGCAGGCCACAUCCCCAUGCUGGAGUCCCAGCCCUCUUUGCCGUCUUUGCCACCUGUGCGCACGAACCUUCAGCCAGCCAUCACCACCAAACCGUUCAUCCACUCCAAUGAUGUCAAACCCAUGGACAAUGCCUGUGUCUACUCCACCUGUGCAAACCUGAAGGACAGUGGUAAAAAGUGCACCCCCUCAAAUGCUUAUGAAUGUGCAAAUGAGAACUUGCUGGACCCCAGCAUGCAGGGCUCAGUGGACUCCUUGGGCUCCCAUCAGGCAGCUGACGAGAGCGCCAGGCAGUCGUCUGCCGACCCCCGCCACCUGGUCACUCCCGUGGCCCUCCUGACAGGUGUCAUCCUCUGUCAGGCCCUGUAAACCUCCAGAGACACCUCUCCCCCCUCCUCCUCCCCUCCUCCUCUCUCCUCACACACGCACUGCUGAGAACUUUGACGCCGACCUCACUUCCCUGCACUCUCCCGCCGCAUCAGCCUCAACAACCUCAACGACCACUCCUCAACAACGUCGACGCUUGGAGUGAACAAUUUGCACAAACGAGCAAAUAAACGGGGCAUAUCAAAAAGGACUGCCAUGCAGGGUGCCAUGGACUUCAGUCUUACGCCUGGGAGUGUUCAGCUAAGAGCUCUUUUUUUUUUUCUUUCCCUGCAGACUCCCCCCAACCAAGGGAGGGGGUGGAGCAUCUUGUGAGAAACAACAAUCUCCGCCAGACUCCCCGCUGUUCCAGAGAUCACUUCAAGGUAACCGAUGGAGAGAGAACAGCAGUUGACUUUUUUUCAUGUUCGACUCAACCGGGAAGCAAGAACCCAUUAAAAAAAAAAAAAAGCGUGAGUAAAAGACACAGAGUGCCCAGUGUCAGGCUGAGAGACACUGCUGUUGUGUUAAUUGUAACCUUGUAGAAAGACUCCUCAGUAAAAUGCCCUCUGCAUCUCACAUCAGCAUUCACAGCACUCCUCUCUCGCUCGCUCGCUCGCCAAAAUUCCCUCCCUUCUUUGAGAAACAAUCUAAAUCUAUCUACUGCCUUCGCCAUCAAAAGAAUGGGUCUCAUGGUAGUUGUACAGUCUCUAUACAUGGACAUGAUGUAGGUACAGUAUGUGAACUCUUUUUAAAACAUCACAUUCUAUUGUUAUGUCACAGAUGGAAAAAAAGAUGAAAAAAAAUCAACUAUUCAAUUAAAACAUGUAUCACACCUUAAUUGUUUCAUGGGUGCAUGGAUGCCACCUAGUCCCACCCUCGAUGUGUAUCAUGUCUUUAACUAUAGAUUAUGAUUCUCCUUUGCUAUAUUUUUAAAGUUUUUUUGAAUCCAUUUGUUUUAUGGAACAUCUGAAGUAUAAAGAAUUUAUCUGUGUGUGAGAGAGGUAACAAAGACAUGUGCCGAGAACAGAUGGAGGUGUGCCGUGUCAAAAUGUGUCGUGUCGGAGGAGGACUGUCUUUGCCAGUGGAGCGCUCUACUUUAAGCUGUUAUUAUGUGUAAAUUACAGAAAAAGAACUGGAAAUAUAUUCAGACAAAAAGCUUCAUGGAGAGAACAGAGCUACAUUUGCAGAGAGAGUACAUUGUUCUAUUAGUGUAUUUUCUAGUGUGCAAUCUAUUGUGUGGCCUUACUUUUCUGUCUUUGCUUUGUUCCUCUCUCUCUUAAGCAACGGGGUGUGGAUUAUGUGACUUUGGUGUAAGCAAGGGAGCGAUGAGGACAGUGCGGCAAACACAACGCUGUUGUGUUUCUGUUUUGUACUGCUUGACAGACAGCUGAGAGCAUUAUGUGAAAUAUCUGUUCUGACCUAAAUUAAAUGAAUAAAUCAGU